AUGUCUGCAGGCGAGGAGGAGCGAGAUGGUGAGGCGGCAGCGCCCGUGUACGUGUAUGAAUCAAAGGUCCACUGUGCCAACGUGCUGUUGAGCCUGGAGGAGCAGCGGCGGCAGGGCAUCCUGUGCGAUGUGACCCUUCUGGUGGAGGGGAGGGAGGUGCGCGCUCACAGGGCCGUCCUCGCCGCGAGCAGCCGCUACUUCCUGCAGGCUCUGCUGGGACACAAUGGGUCAGCAGGUGAAGCGGAGCCCAUCAUUAACCUGCCAGACAAGGUCACAGCUAAGGGCUUUGCUCCACUACUCCAGUUUGCCUACACAGCCAAGCUCGUCAUAAGCCGGGAGAACAUCCACGAGGUCAUCCUGUGCGCUGACUUCCUGGGUGUUCACAACUUGGAGGACUCCUGCUUCCGCUUCCUCCAAGCCCAGCUGCAGAACGACAGCGAGCACGCCAGUAACGGGAAGGUGGAAUACAGCAAAGACACCACAGCUGAGGAUACAGUCUUCUCUGAGGCCAUAUCCUCGAGUGAGUCUUGUGAGACAAGGCAGCAGACCAAUCAUGUAGCAAGUACUGCUCCCCUACCCGCUGACCUUUCUCAGUUUCCCAAGUACAGGAAAUAUCAGUACCAGAUCUGUGAAAAUAAGCACAAUGGAGAAAACCAUGAUGACAUUGAUGAUGUCCUUUUGGCCAAUCAUACCUCAGUCAGCCCUGUGAGAUCACAGCUCGCAGACAGCAAUGCUGCUCCACAGAGCCUUCUCUCUCCCUCCAGGAUCAAAGAGGAACCGUUCAUGUUUGAGGAGGAAGAAGAAGAAGAAGAAGAAGAAGAAGAAGGAAGGAGUGGCUGCAUUCCAGAAAUGUGUACUGAGGAGGUGCUGGAGAUGGAGCUAGAAGUGGAAGGGGUUCCAGUAGCACCUGAGCACUCUCCGAGCAGAGGUUCACCCUCCUCCUGCCUGCGCUCCUACCUCCAGAGAGGUGGCCUUGAUCUCAGCUGUGUGCCGAGCACCACCAUCCAGCAGCUACUCACCAACAGACUGUCCCUCAACCACUACAAGGAACUGGUCAAAGACAGGCACAGGGACAAGACAGAGUCCCUAGAUCAAGUCGACCUAAAGAGCAGCAUUGCAGAUGUUUUACCAGCUGGCGUUGGUAAGAGAAUGGAAAGGCCAGUUUCCAAAGCCUCAUCUUCAAAGUAUGAAGGGGAGCUUGACAGACGAAGUGUCAUAUUCUCUUCAGCAGCUGGCGAGCAGCAAAUGUUGGCCCACUCUUACAUGGAAGAGAAGUUCAGGGAAAAAGUCUCGACUCUCAUGCAGGUAGAAGCUCCUUCUUCGGGUCGGUCAUGCCUCAGCACCAGCUGCCCUGUUCCCAUCAAGACAUCAGCCCAGUCCCCUUCUCCGUCUGAGCCCCGGACCCAGACCUCCAGCUCUCGUUCAUCCUUCUCGUACCCGGAGGACGCAGGCAGUGGUAGCUCACCUUCCAGCCUUCCACAGUUUGACUUCUCUUCGUCCCCAAACUCAGGCUCCGCCUCUGGACUGUCUCACUGCCUGUCUGUGGGAGUGGAGCCGAGGAACCCCCAUAGCGGAGAGCUUCUCUUCUCCCAGGGCUGCAACAAGAUCAAAAGUGAACGGGGAUUUGGUGCCAGUGGCGGCAACUCCAGCGACGAAUCAGGAUCGUUCUCUGAGGGAGACAGUGAAAGUGGGAUGUCCAGAGUCUCUGGCCCUGAGGUAAAACUGCCCUUCCCUGUAGACCAGAUCACCAACCUGCCACGCAACGACUUCCAGAUCCUCAUAAAGAUGCACAAGCUGAACUCGGAGCAGCUGGAGUUCAUCCACGACAUCCGCCGCCGAAGCAAAAACCGCAUCGCAGCUCAGCGCUGCCGCAAGAGGAAGCUGGACUGCAUUCAGAACCUGGAGUGUGAGAUCCGCAAACUGGUAAACGAGAAGGACAAGCUGCUGAGUGAGCGCAACCAGCUGAAGGUUUGCAUGUCCGAUCUUUGGCAGAACCUCUCCUUCCUCUCCCAACAAGUUUGUCGGGAGGUGCAGGGCCCUCAGCCGCCUCCCGUCUCCGACAGCAUCGACCUCACAUCAAACCCACCAUCGCCUUCGUCACACCCGGGCUCAUCCAAGUCCCGGUCACCUGUGUCCCAGCAUAGCAACACCGCCUGUCUGUCUGAGGGGCGUCCAGGUCAGGGGAGGCCGCAGGAUGGGCAGCCUGGCAUGCAGAACACACUGGUGCUUGGAUCCACUGAGGAAGUAUGUAGCCCCACUGUAACGGUGGAUUUCUGUCAGGAAAUGACUGAGAAAUGCACAACGGAGGAGCAGGACUGUGCUUAGAGCCUCGGUGGGCGAACAGUUUGGUCUGUUUCACUUGUCUAUACCUUGAAUAUUUGAAGUAUUCUCUUUCUUUUUGUAAUGAUGACACAAGCGUUGUCUUUUCAGCAAUACUGUUAAACAGGUAUUUUUGGACUGGUUACAAAUCAAAAGCACUGGCAGCUUUCUCUCACUUUCUCUUCAUAUCUUCUUCUACUUCUUCUUCUGUCUUUCUCUGUCUCUUCCUGACUUUUCCUUCCUGUCCACUUCCUUCCCUCUCUGGUGCAUCAUGGGAGGUUAAACUCAGGAAUUCCUCAGAAUGUUAAGUAAUGUCCCUGUUAGCGUGUACCAGCACUUUAUUUUACAGUCCUGUCAAAUCUUGAUAAUUACAUAUGUACUUACAAUUGAUCUGUGGGAUUGAAUCAUAGAUUCAAUGUCAACAUUUUGGGGAAAUAUGCUUUAUUUUUGUUCUUGAAGAGGGUGAAAGAUUCAAGAGGAAAUUAGUUUUAUGUCAGUAAGACUAACAGGAUGUGGUUAGCCUAGCUUAGCAUGAAGCCUGGAGAAAGGGGGGAAAAAGCUAGUCAGUCUUUCUAAUAUUAAAAAGAAAUCACCUACUUCAAGAAUUGUAAGGCUGACUUAUGCACAAUGCAUCUAAUUUGUUUAAAGCAUACAGAAAUGCUUUGUCUUGCAAUCUGUGCGCACACAUUUGUAAACAGUACGCACAGUUGUGCAAACUGUGGGCACAGUUUACAUUGCAAAUCCUUUCUCACAGAUUGAAAAUGCAACCACACAGUUAACAAACUGGCACGGAUUUGUAAACCAUGCACACAGAUUUGUAAA